GUAUUGUAUUUGUAUGUUGUUUGAGUUCAGUUGUGCUAAUCUAUAUUAACUCAAUAAUAUUUUUUUARUCAAGAUUAGAUUUAAUCCGCGAUGUUUGACCAACGACAAUUGGUCCAUUUUGUUUUCAAAUUUUCGACCACGAACUGUGAUGCCAGAGCGUGAUAUAACUUCACUCAUAUGGAAAUUAAAAGAUAAGAAAUCUAGCAUAGAUGAGGGUAUGCAUUUUCCAUGUUCCUGAAGCGAAUAUUGCUAUGACUAGAAACAAAUCUUCGUAUACGUUAAACGGUUUUUAAAAGGGGCAAUAGAAAAAAGGGAGAAAAACUCUCGGAGCACUUCAGCCUUCAAAUCGAUGUGGCACCUGAUAUUGCAGUAAAGAAAGAUCACUAGAAAUACGAGUCGUUUCUGAAAGUGAGGAGCAUUCAUUAACAAGGAUCCAUUACAACUGCGUUCUUAAAUCUGCGCGAGCAGACCGCCUUCUGAUCUUCACGAAGAAAAUUUAUCAUUCACUUCCAAGUCGUCGUUUGAUACUCCACGGAUUACCAACCUCUGAAAAAGGCUUUUGGAAAAUCGUCGAAUUAUAACUGUUGACUAAAGCUGGAGAAGCAACAAGGCUUCAGAUAACUGAUUUCUAGGUUUGCUUAUUCCUGGCAACGAGGGCCGAAUAAAUUGCGUAGGAGGUUGGAAACAGACACUAAUGAUUGUCGUAUCUUAUUAUGGCGUGUCUAAAAGGUUAAUUUGGAGAACCCACAUAAUUAAAGAAARAAUGGCUUUGAAUUCAUCAAAUGGAACAAACGGCUCCGAAACCAAUGGAAUCAGCCAUAUCAAAGAACCACCGCAAUUAGUGAUUUUUCGUCGAGUGAUUUUCUCGCUUGUCAUCACUUYUGCUUUCUUCGGCAAUAUAAUUGUGAUCCGUGCUAUUCGUACUAAAGGAAGAUCACGCAAGCCAUUGACGCAUUACCUCGUCACGUGCCUAGCUGUAGCCGAGGUACUUAAUUCAUUAAUUCUCAUAUUUUACUUUGUGCAAGAGGAGUUAGGGGACUGGCCGUUUGGUAGGUUCCUGUGCCAUAUUGUGGUACCCAGCAACUUGAUUACUUACAGUGUAACCACAGCGACAUUAGCUUGCAUUUCGCUUUACCGUUACCGCGUGUUGGUCACGCCCUACAAGAAAACCCCGUCCAAAAUGGUGUGCUUGAUCAUCCUWGCAGUACUCUGGGGCUACUCAAUUGUAUUUGCAAUUCCMAUUAUGGUGAGAACGAAGCUAGURGAGUACAGGUCUCCCUUGCGCUUUUGCUUUCCCUCCCCUCCCCUCCCUAAGUACGACCUGGUUCGGUUGAUAUGUCAGUUUUUUGUUCCUGUCAUCAUCAUGUUCAUUAGUUACAGUGCUGCAUCCUGUAAGAUUAGAGAACAUAUGACAUUCAUCGARGCUGGCCGUCAGAUCCGAAUUAACUCCAAYCUCAGCACGCUACAUACCUACUUAGAUAGUCAAGGCGGSAAUGGAUGCGACACCAACUUGCUUACCGURCCAAUGAACCAACCSGUAAUCCAUCUUCAAACCAUGACUCCACGAGACUCCAUCUGUAAUGGUAGAAGGUCUGUAGAUAUUCCCGCGGUGCCGUCUUCCUCAAUGGCCAUAGACCGCAGUGCAUCGAUCAGCGGUGGUGAAGAGGAAAGUCACAUGAUCGAAACAGAGCGUGACAUCAUUAAGAUGUUUUAUGUCGUCAUUCUGGUAUUCCUGGUAUGCUACAUACCUUAUCAAGUAUUUUUCCUACUUGAUCAUUUCGACAUAUCAACCAGUUCAAAUUCGCGGUACUACUUUAUCACGAGAAGCUACAUGUUUUUAUUCACCGCCAUACCUAGCGCUCUGCACCCACUCUGCUACGGAACAAUGAGUAARUUUUAUGCUAAUGCCUUCUCUAAGAUAAUAUUGUGUAAAUGUAAUACCAAGUGAAGAAAGRUCAGACUUGAACUGUGCUACUUGAAGUUAGUUCACUGAGGAAAACACAUUUAGCUCAAAACCGUUCACCGAUAACCACCGWCACACGCAGCUUAAUAACUGUAGACUCAGCCUCGUUUUCGAGCUAGCCCUAGUCCUCUAAUUCGCACCCAUAACCUCUGAGCUCUACAAAUGAUGAUUACAUCGACACUGAUCACUAUGCCUCGUSUGAAAUUAAAAUCCUCCAAGAGUGAGAGUCCMUGCAUAGUCCGAUCCAAYACCAACUCAACAAUGCAUCACGGGAAAAUUAGAGUAURGCUCAUUGCGAACAAACUUACCGAACAUGCUUUUAGAGACUGCAGAUCAAAAUAUUGCGGGGAAAUGACACUGUAGAACAAUGCAUAUUGCGGARGAACAAACGAAAGAAACUGUGGGCUGGUCAAGCCGCACAAAAUCAUGAUAUAAAUAGGUCAGCAAUACAUUCAUUGUCAAUGCAUAUUACGCCACUAGCUAUGACCAAAAAAUGCUAAAAAAAUGCUGUCGUUCGCACGUCCAUUGUUCAUGCACAUAUUUGAUGAUUCUAACCUUUUUUCUGGACUCUUUUUGGGGUGUUUUCUCAACUUUCUAAGGCUUGAAAACGCUAUUCAAAGUCUCAUCUCCAUUUGCAUUCCUUUGAAUCCUGGCCUUCAUUGAAAUAAGGCUAGGAUGCUAAGCAACAAAGGGAUCCC